AUGCAAUUAAAGAAAAAUAAAUGACACAAUUUACAGUGUAACAGUGUACAAUACAGUAAGCUUAUAAGUUUUUUGCUGACUAUCAAAUAUAAUAAUGUAAUUUUUUAUCAAACAUAGCUGUUUCCAUUUGUCAGCUUAAACUUGUCUUAAAAACAAACAAACAAACUCAGGCAUUCGAGUCAGUCAAUCACUGAAUCACUGUACUGUACUGUACUGUCAAUCAGCCAAACUCACUCAAUACUCAAUAAACUAAAUUCGGUCAAAGUCAAAGUUCAAAUUAAUCAAAACAAACUCAUGAAUCAUUAAUCAUGAGACUGUGUUGUUGUUUUUUGUAAGUUGUUAUGAUGAAAAUUGUGACUGGUGGAGAGUGUGCAAGUAAUUAUUAUUAUUAUUAUGGUAAACUUUAAACUUACGCAUGAUGUCUCACUUUCAUGAUUCGGAUGGCAACCUAGGUGGUUGCAUUGUAAAAAUACAUGUGUUUGCUAAAAUGGGGAGGGGAUAAAAAAAGAGAAUGUGCCGGUUUAGCUUUUAACCGAGAUAAAUAAAAAUAAGAACAAAACAUUAAAGUUUAAAUAAUUUCAGCCGGUACAUAAAUUUCGUGGUGAACGAAGCUACUUUAUUGUAUCCCUUUGGUUUUAGAUAUGGUGCAAGUACAAGCAGGGUUUCUUUCUUUCAGCUAUUUCCCGGGGGGGGGAGGGGGGGGACCCAGAGCAAAAAUAUGUUCCACAAUAAACCAACUGGCUCUCUGCCCCCCCCCCUCCACCCCCACAAAAAAAACAGAACGUUGCCCCCGCCCCCCCCCCCCCCCCAGGGGGGGGGGGGGGGGGACACCCAAGCAAAAAAAUUUUCAAAAAAAAAACAACCGGGUUCUUGCCCCCCCCCCCCCCCCAAAAAAAAAUCUGAAGUUGUCGUCGUCCCCCCGCCCCCCUUCAGGGGGAGGGAGGGAGGGGGGGGGAAUUUCUGAAAGAAACACUGGGUGCAAGAAGUUUCAACUACCUACCUGCCAAUAAAAUACAAUCAAUGAUCAAAGCUCAUUUUACGCCCCCAACUUGUCUUGAAUUCUGGGACAAUUUACCCCUCCAAUGGGAUCCAGUUGCCACUGUGAUCCCAUGCCUCGAAGGCAUUCCUCAGUAGAUUCCCAUUCCCCGUGAGGUCCCAUUCGGCCCAUUCAUGUUGGGAUCUAUUCUCUGUGGUGUUAUCGUUACCCUGUUGGAUCACGUUUUCUCAGUUGGAUCCCGUUCCCCAUUGGGAUCCUUCUCGGUGGGAUCAAGUUCCCCAGAAGGAUUAUGAAGGGUAUGUUUACCAACUUUGACCAAGAUCCAUUAAUAAACAAUAAACAUAGCAGUGUAUACCAUAAUCUAAGCCUUAAACUUCAUUUAUUUAUAUAGCUCAGGACCUAGCAAUGGAAAAUUAAUUUGGAAAUUUCUAAAAACCUCCAAAAUUAUCUUUAAUUCUUAUACCAUAGCAUUUGAGGAAAAUCUUUGGAAGUUAAUGUAGCAUAAUAAACGUGAUAAUGGCAUUUGUAAUUUCUUAAAAUGAUUAUAGAAAGAAAAAUAGUUUGAUAAAUAGUUAAGAAAUUUAUUUGACUUAUAAAAAGUUGACUCUGUAAUACUGAGAAAAUCCCCAGGAAAUUAAAAAAUUCUACAGUUAAAUGCAGUAACUAUGACCAUUUUUCAUUUAAGUUAAAAGAGGGGCCCUCGUGGGGGCCCAUUCCAUAAUUGUGCCAUUUUGUUUAUGCCUAAGAUAUGAGGGCCCCAAUAAAAAUCUUUCAUAUAAAUAAUGGAGUUAAAAUUUAAAAGUUAUCCCAUUAAAAUCGGUUUAGUUAUGCCUUAGAUCAAGCCUUUUAAAUUUUGUAACCUUCUUGAAAAUUCUAGACCCUCCCUGAAUGGAUUGGAUAUUAUUACUUUUCAACCCACCGAUAUACUUUGAAUUCAGACUAUGACGAGUAUAUAGCAACUGAUAUUAUGCAGCCCUCGAAGCCAUUUAGAAAUUUAAAAUAAUUAUUUUGUUUUUUAAGUUAUUUUGUUGAAUUUACAGAAUUCCAUGUAGCGUUAUGAUUGUUUUAACAUUUUUGAUCAAAUUUCUUUCUAACUUUCUAAUUUUUUUAAACAGUCCUUGACUUUUGUCAUGUAAUGCUAAAAUGCAAAUUUGUGAUAGUGAUAUGAUAUGAUAAUGAUAUGAUAAUAAUAUGAUAGUGAUAUGAUAGUGAUAUUAUAAUGAUAUGAUAUUGAUAUGAUAGUGAUAUGAUAAUUAUAUGAUAGUGAUAUGAUAAUGAUAUGAUUUGAUUCAAUGGGGUUAGCAUUUCAAGUUUUGGCUUAUGCGCACAUUUGCUUUGCAAGGUCCCAUUAAUUUCUUCAUCAGCACUCAACUGUAAAGUGUAACACUUAUGAUCAUUAGAUAAAAAUGACGAUAUCAUAUUAACUACAAUUUAGCAUUGAUCUUAAUAGUUGUUCCAAUCAAAUAAUUAUUGAUUAAAUUGUUAAUGACAUCAGGCUAUUUUGGUAAGUAAUUGACCUCCCGUCCCCAUCGUCAUUCAAAUUUAGUUUAUAUAAAAGAUUGAUAAGAUUCCUAGUUUAACUAGUUCUUUUUCAGCUAAAACUUUUCACCCUUUGAGGUUAAGAAGAUUUUUUUUUAAAUUUUUUAAAAUUAUCAAAUUUUUUUUUUUUUUAAAGUGUUAAAGAAUUCAUUAUUAUUUUAAUAGUCUUAAUUCUCAUAAUUUAUAUCACAUGUUAAUAUUUGAUAUUCAUAAUUAAUUAUUUUAAUAUUCAAAUUUAUCUAAUUUUAAUUAUAAUUUCAGACCUGUCUCUAUUAACAAAGCAACUUUAAUGGGGGAAAAUAUGACAUGAAUAGAAAUGCAAAAGAAAAUUUGGAAUGUCUUUGUCCCUAAUGAGCUGCUAUUUGCAAAGCCUGGAUACCUCCUUGGAAUCAUUGACCAUGACAACUGUAUGAUAUUCAUCAAUGGGAUCCUUCAUUCUUAUGAAGAGAUAAAGCAAAGCAAGCAGAGAAAUGUUGGCUGUUGGCAAAUAAGUAACCCUGACUUACCCAUAAGUGAUCCAGGCAUUACAGACCCUCUGAUCACUAUAAAUCUUACUAACCAUGGCUCAGGCAAUUUUGUCAGCUGUCAUUUAACAUUCAGGGCCUCGUGUGCAGAAGUCUGCCCUAUUGUUUGCAUAUUUUAUGAACCUAAAGAUCUUGAGUUGUCCUAUGUCUUGCAUCAAACCAUCUCAGCAGACUAUGACAGCAGUGCAAUAAUUGAUCUUCAUUCAAAACUUGUAGACGGAUCAGGAGGAAAGGCAGAUUCAGACAUGAGGACAACAAAGUUAAAAAAUUGUCAAGAUAAUUAUUCCUUAAAAGAACUCCAGGAUAAUGAAAAUGUUCUUGCGUUCCUAGUCAGAAAUGUCAGUUUAGAAGCUGAGAGCAUGGAAAAGACUGGAAUGAACACAUUGUUUAGAAAUCAGAUGAAGUUAUCACAUUCUUUAGCAAAGCUUAUUUCUACACUCUGGCUACCUCUAACAUUCACUUUAAUGAUGUUUAUUUGUCAUGUAGGCAGGCUCUUCAGUAUUGGGUGAGUAUGUUUCUGAAAUAUUGUUAUUGACCCCCUCCACACCAAGGAUUUUUUAAUACUCAAAGGAAAAUAUUUUUAAAAUUAUAACAUUUUCAAAAACAAAAAAACUAUAAUUGCCACACAAGCACACAUAUAUGUGUGUGUCUAUAUGUGUGUGCAUGUGUUUUUGACACUUUUCUAAUUGUCUUAUCUGAUACCAAAACAUCACUUACUUUAUUUCACCUAAUGAUCCACAAAUUAGAUCUUUAUUACUGCAGAGUUUAACAAAGUCUCUUAAAGGGCAUCAUUAAUAAAGAGAAGUUCAUGUAUAGAAGAAUAUCAUCUUAAGAUAUUUAGUCGUCACUACCUCUGUUAAAAAUAAAUGUUGCUUUCUUUUCUAAACCACUUGCGCCCUAGCCAUAAUGUCCAGAUUCAUCUUUGGAUGCGUCGUCUGUGACAUUAGUUAGCUGUGAACAAUUUUUAGACAAGAUUUAAAUGAUAAAACACCAAAUAUUUUCAGAAAAAGAUGGAGCUGUGUAUGUUGUGGAUCUGUUGCCCAAUUGGUGCAUGCUCCAAGUAUUAUCCGUCACAUCCAAACUCAAGCAUCUCAUUUCAGGAGAAUUCUUAUUUUGAAAAGGACAGAAAAAUUUAAUUUAUUUUUGUGAGUUUAAAACUUGGUUUUAUUGAAUACAUCUUUCUAAUCCUUUUAAACAAUUGAGCAAAUGUCAUUUGGCCUGAAGCUUGUCACAGUUGAAACAAAUCAAUUCAUUUAUGUGUUAACUACAUCUUAAAAUUGUCUCUUCCCCAAUGUAUAGUUCCUUUUGGAAAUAAUUUAAGUCUGGAUGAAAAAAAAGAUAAGGAAAGAUGAAAUGAAAUACUAUCUCUGAGUAAAAAGUCUAAGGUUAAGUUGUUCCCCAACAGGCUGUACAACCAUUGUGGUAACCAGCUUCUUGAUACAUGUCUUGGCAUUGGUAUUAUUCUGUGGAUUACUCAAAAUGAUCUAGCCAUGGACAUAGGAACUUUUACCAUCGACUGGGCAGAUGUAAGUAGACCUGACUUAACUAUUAUAUAAUAACAUCACACACAAUGUUAGCCUCCAAGAAUAACACAUUUUUCUUAAACAAAAACUAAUAAAUGUAAUGUUUUAAAUAAUCAAUAGAUAUGCAAUUUAUAUAUAUAUAUAUAUAUGUAUAUAUAUAAAGUGAUGAAAUACAAGUUAAAGAAUCAGAAAAUAACUGUUGAUUUUGUUCCAUUCUUAGCUGCAUUAUCCAGUAAACUGAAAUUGAAAGAACUAAUAGUUUUAAAAUUUUUGUUUGUUUUAGGAUGUAGCCCACAAGCUGACAACCUUAGUUCAAUGGCUGAUGGGGGCACCGGCAGGUCUCAAAUUAAAUUCUCAACUCACCAAAUUUUUAGGUCACUUUUUCAUAUACCACAUUUAUUUGUGGUCAGGUGAGAAGCUAGAUAGAGUUGAAGGAAUCUGGGGAAAGGUGUUGUUUUUUUAAAUUUAAAUAUAUUUUUUUAAAAAUGUGUGGUCUAGCAAUAUUUUAUUGUUAAUAAUAGUAGUGAAUCAAAAAUGUGUGUAAUUAAUGUUAGAUUUAAGUGUAAUUUAUUAUUUUGUUCUUUUUUUGUCUCUGCCAGGUUAUUUAUCACUUCUUCGAAGUGUCAUGCCAUCAGUCAUAUGGUACUGCUCAUGGAUUGGUAUAUUUGGCAUGUCAGCUCAGCUAUGUCUUGUUCGAGAUGUCCUCUCUAUGCUUACUCUACACAUUUAUUGCUUUUACGUCUAUGCAGCAAGGUGAGGGAAAAAAUGGCUGUGUAUUUAAACUGUUUUCUAUAGUUUGGUUUUUUAUUUGGAUAUAUUCUCUGCUUUUAAGUGAACUUAUUUUUUUGUUGUCUUUCAUCAUUCCGCAGCUUUCUUAGUUUGCUAUGCCCCGAAUCUUUGUUAGUAGUUCAUGUGAUGAAUUGCUCUAAUACCUCAUCUUUAUCUUGCAAACCUUCAGAAUAUUCAAUUUUCAAGUUUAUGCCCUGGGUUCGUUGUGGCGAUUGUUUCUUGGCAAGAAGUGGAAUGUACUGAGAUCGCGGGUUGAUUCGGCUUCCUACAACACAGACCAACUGUUCGUUGGCACUUUACUGUUCACAGUUUUAUUGUUUCUCCUCCCAACUACUGCUUUGUACUAUGCUGUGUUUACUCUGGUGAGUCUGGUGGUGAAUCUGGUGGUGAGUCUGGUGGUCCCAAUAUCUAUUUAUAAAUCAUAUCCAUUGUUUCAUUUUUUCUAUCAAAUUUUAUUAGAUUGCUUCAAACUACAUGGUUGAGAAUUAAAUAUAUCGGGUUCAAAUAAACCAGUUAUUGUAUGAAAAGUGUUAAAAUAUUGCCUUACCUGAAGUAAAGCGAUCUCUCAUAAAUUUCUUGCUGUCCUCAGCUACGUCUGGUCGUUCUAACUGUCCAAGGAUGUCUCCAACAGGCAAUCUCCUUACUGUGCUCAAUACCUGUCUUUACCAUACUUCUGCGGUUGCUUACACCAAAGUUGGUGGCCGGUAAUUGCUUUUAUAUAACAUAUUUUAUGUGUGUGUGCAAGAUUUUGUAAUGUAAAAAAUGGGAUAUAACUUUAAAUUUAACAUUAAAAUGCUUUGCAUUUCAUAUACACAUAGUUCUCAACACAUAUACCUCAACACAUUGUUUUCCUAAAAUGCUGAAACAUAGGAUCAUAAGACAGUAAAAUAAAAACAUCACAGAGAAAGACUAAUUUACUUGAUACUUCACUUGAGUUUAUUUCAAUACAUGAAUAUGCAUUAUUAUCCCUAUCACUAAUUACAUCUAAAGCGACCAAAUUAUUCAUCUUAGACCUUUAUGGAAAAUUGUAUGAAAUUGGACCGUAAAAAAAUUAUUUUGAUUUUAUGGUUGUGUUUUAUCCAUUUAGAAAGAACUGAAAUGUUAACAUGUUAGAAUGUGUGGUCAGCAAGGGGAGAGUAAUCUUGAAUAAUAAUUUUCUUUUUGUUGCUUAUCUAUCUAGAUGUUGACUGGUUUUGUGUUAAUAUACAGGAAACAAUCUGUUGACGCCAAUCAAAGUUGUUUUGAUGUAAAGUGAGCUGCAUCAACUUCAAACAUAGUCUUUCUAAUUUAUUUGCAGGUAGUGCUAGAUUUGAAAUCAGACAUGUUCCAGAUGACUCAAAAUCUUUAAUACUUUCCAUGCAGGUGAAUACACAUUUUUUGUACCGGUAUGCAUUUAUUGUAUGCAUUUAUUGUAUGCAUUUAUUGUAUGCAUUUAUUGUAUGCAUUUAUUCUAAAGAAACGAUCGGAAAAAUUACCCUUUUUUAAAAAUUAAUUGUUCUCAUCAAGAUGAAGAUGUUGUGUUGAUAGAUCAUUAUGUCUGUCUGAUAUUCUGUGUUGUGUUGGUAGGUUAUUAUGUCUGUCUGAUAUUCUGUGUUGUGUUGGUAGGUUAUAAUGUCUGUCUGAUAUUCUGUGUUGUGUUGGUAGGUUAUUAUGUCUGUCUGAUAUUCUGUGUUGUGUUGGUAGGUUAUUAUGUCUGUCUGAUAUUCUGUGUGUGUUGGUAGGUCAUAUGUCUGUCUGAUAUUCUGUGUUGUGUUGGUAGGUUAUUAUGUAUGUCUGAUAUUCUGUGUUGUGUUGGUAGGUUAUUAUGUCUAUCUCAUAUUCUGUGUGUGUUGGUAGGUUAUUAUGUAUGUCUAAUAUUCUGUGUUGUGUUGAUAUGUUAUUAUGUCUGUCUGAUAUUCUGUGUUGUGUUGGUAGGUCAUAUGUCUGGCUGAUAUUCUGUGUUGUGUUGAUAUGUUAUUAUGUCUGUCUGAUAUUCUGUGUUGUGUUGGUAGGUUAUUAUGUCUGUCUGAUAUUCUGUGUUGUGUUGGUUGGUUAUUAUGUCUAUCUCAUAUUCUGUGUUGUGUUGGUAGGUUAUUAUGUCUGUCUGAUAUUCUGUGUUGUGUUGAUAUGUUAUUAUGUCUGUCUGAUAUUCUGUGUGUGUUGGUAGGUCAUAUGUCUGUCUGAUAUUCUGUGUUGUGUUGGUAGGUUAUUAUGUAUGUCUGAUAUUCUGUGUUGUGUUGGUAGGUUAUUAUGUCUAUCUCAUAUUCUGUGUGUGUUGGUAGGUUAUUAUGUAUGUCUAAUAUUCUGUGUUGUGUUGAUAUGUUAUUAUGUCUGUCUGAUAUUCUGUGUUGUGUUGGUAGGUCAUAUGUCUGGCUGAUAUUCUGUGUUGUGUUGAUAUGUUAUUAUGUCUGUCUGAUAUUCUGUGUUGUGUUGGUAGGUUAUUAUGUCUGUCUGAUAUUCUGUGUUGUGUUGGUUGGUUAUUAUGUCUAUCUCAUAUUCUGUGUUGUGUUGGUAGGUUAUUAUGUAUGUCUGAUAUUCUGUGUUGUGUUGGUAGGUUAUUAUGUCUGUCUGAUAUUCUGUGUUGUGUUGGUAGGUUAUUAUGUCUGUCUGAUAUUCUGUGUUGUGUUGGUAGGUUAUUAUGUCUGUCUGAUAUUCUGGCUGAAUUAACUUCUCUAUUUUUAUAAGUCAGUAAUUUCAAUUUUCUACAACUUACUUAAUAAUUCAGUUUGUACAAAAAUUAUUUUGCCUUUUAAAUUGCAAAGUGUCUUACCCUGUAUGUCCAUAGACCUGCCAGAUUCCAUUGAAAAAGUUGCUAGCCUUGACAGCAUGGCAUUCCUGUACACAUACCUCCCCCACAUAUACAUGGUCUGAAUUUCUCUCACAUCUGGCUACAGGGCGCCUGAUCUACCCUUGGGUUGAAUCACACACAAAAAAAGGCAAAGUGGACUAGAUGAAAAGAUGACAAUAUCUCUCUUGUUGAUUUUCUGCUUUCAAAAUUGUGUAUAACAGACACAAAGAUAAGAUUAGAUAAGAUUCUUUUACUGAUCCAAUGAAAUGGAAAUGUUUUUUGAUUGCACUGUACAUUUUCAGCAAAUAAAUAAAACAAUUUGAACUCAAGACAUCUGCAAUUAUUUCACUUGGGGAAAAAACAGCCAUUCUUAGCCAUAUCAGGGAAUUUUUAGUUCUCAUUAAGUUUUGUGAAUUCAGGGGCAGCACAGUGGUAAAUUUGUACGGAUUGGGGAACAAAAGAAUUUUUAUAUCUUUCAGUCCUCACCCUGAGAGAAAGAAUUCGUCCCGAGCGGGCCGAUCCUAAGUAUCUGUGAUAAAGAGGGUGGGAUGUAUUAGCCAAAAUGUGUUUAGUUAUAUAAUAUCUUUCUUCAAAUAGUUCAAAGGAUGUUUAGUUUGUGUUAUGUUCCUAGCUUUCUUGAUUAGUUUGUUUAUUCGGUGUUUAAUAUCAGACGAUGAAUUCCCACACCAGCAGGUAAUAUUGAAAUUAAGUAGGCUUCCAAUUGUUGCACUGUAGAAUAAGUUAACGACUUACGCUGAAAUUGUACAGCUUUUUUAGUUAGAAUAGUCUUUGUUGGAAUUUCUUAUACAACAUUUUGCCGCGCUCAUGCCAUGUUAGCUUAUUAUUAAUGGUGACACCUAAGUACUUGUAUGCCGACACUUUCUCCACAUUUUGAUUUUUUAUGUUGAGAUCUGUAAUCUGGUGUUUCCCCCUUCUGAAAUCAACAACCAUUUCUUUUGUUUUUGAGACAUUCAGGUGUAGAAAAUUUUCAUGGCACCAAUUGAUAAAGCUUGUAACUAAAUUGCGGUAUAAGCCCUCUCCCUCAGAUAUUAAGCCAACGAUUGUGGUAUCAUUUGCAAAUUUUAAGAUUUGAACGGUGUCACUUGAGCUCUGAAUAUCAUUGGUAUGUAUUGUGUACAGUACAGGGGAUCAGACAAAUUAGAAAGAUACUAAGAAUGUAAAUUGUAACUCCAUCUCUAACAUAACUGCCAUAAGCCAAGCAUAGAUUAUUUUUUUAUAUUGAAAUUUGUACAGCUAUUCAUUUUAGCACACAGGCUUGUGACAUUCAUAUAGACUACUGGGUGCAUCUAAAUGUGUCUGUUAUGGGGGCACUCUAUUCACCAGCAUUGUUACCUUAUCUCUUGGCCAUGUUUCUACUUCAAAUUACUAAGCUAGACCUAUCCCUAAAACAGCCAAGGUCAUAGUGACGCACACUAGACCUAUCCCUAAAACAGCCAAGGUCAUAGUGAUGCACGCUAGACCUAUCCCUAAAACAGCCAAGGUCAUAGUGACGCACGCUAGACCUAUCCCUAAAACAGCCAAGGUCAUAGUGAC